CUACUAAGUAUUGAGUUUUAUAUUCCGACUCUGAGUCUAGUCACUCUACACUCGAGUUGUCAAAAAUUUCCCUCGAGUCCGAGUAAUAUAAAAGUUACUCGAGUCCAUCACUAGCUGAUGCGCUGUUUGAGACUCAGCUGUUAUCGUUAUCACAGGUCUGUUUACCAGACUAUCUUUGUAUUAUUUCUAAGUGAUUUAAGAAUAAAGUGAAACAUGAUAAAAGUAUUACCUAUAAUUUCAAGAAAAUUAUCUCACGUCUGCAGCUUAAAGCCAUAUAAAGAUACAAAAUGGUUAAUGCCGAAUGGGAAUCCAAUUGGUGUAUAUGUUUACAAUUGUGUUGCCGAUCAAAAGGUUCCGGUAAUUCUAAAUGACCCUAAUAUCGCUACGUGGUACUCUUGUGGACCCACUGUUUACGAUUCAGCUCAUAUAGGCCACGGGUGCUGCUAUGUAAAACUAGAUAUAAUACAAAGAAUUAUGAAAUCUUUUUUCAAUAUAAAAUUAGUCACUGCUAUGGGUAUUACCGAUAUAGACGACAAAAUUAUUAAAAAAGCCAAAGAAACCAACACAGAUUUUAGAGUAAUAGCUAAGAACUAUGAACACGAAUUCUGGCUCGAUUUAACUAGCUUGAAUGUUGAAAAACCAAUGAUUAUUACUAGAGUAUCAGAAUAUAUUCCAACAAUACAGAGUUUUGUUAAAAAUCUCAUAGAUUCUGAAAUGGCUUACAUAGUUACUGACGGUUCAGUAUAUUUUGAUACAAGUAAAUUCCCUUCCUAUGGAAAAUUACAAAAUAUGCAAGACAAUGGUGAACCAACAAAUAGUGAAAAAAAGAACAAAAUGGAUUUCGCUCUUUGGAAAGGUUUUAAACCGGAUGAACCUUUUUGGGAGACUUCUUGGGGUAAAGGAAGGCCUGGAUGGCAUAUAGAGUGUUCAGCUAUGGUCAGUAAAGUAUUUGGGUGUCAAAUAGAUUUCCAUGCUGGUGGCAUUGACCUACAGUUCCCACAUCACGAGAAUGAGGAAGCCCAGUCUUGUGCCUUCCACAAUACUCGGCAGUGGGCCAACUACUGGAUACAUGUUGGACAUUUAAGCUUAAAAGAUGUGAAAAUGUCCAAAUCUUUACAAAAUACUCUAUCAAUACCCGAUUUUCUUAAAAUAUACACAGCUGAUAUAUUCCGAAUGGCAUGUCUUAUGUCAAAUUACAGAUAUCCAAUGGAGUACACAGAUGAAGUAAUGAAAACAGCUGAAAGUGUAUUGAAAAAAUUCAAAUUUUUCCUAAACGAUGUUCUAUCAUACGUAAAUAAGUCAGACACAGGACAUGGUGAUUACGAUAAGAAACUUUUAAAUGAACUUCAAAAGGUCGAGAAUAACAAUUUGGAAGCUUUAAAGAAUGAUUUUGAUACAGCAGGAUGCAUAAAUUCUUUACUAAACUUAGUAUCGGUUACUAACAAAAUAAUUAAAGCUGAUACAAGAGAUCACUAUCCCCUACCUGUGAUAUUGAUUGCUCAAUACGUAACAAAUAUCUUGAAAACCUUUGGUGUAAAAUUACAAGAUAGUGCAGACAAUGAUUUAUCAAAUAUAUUAAUAGAUACAUUAGUUGAUUUUAGACAUACAAUCAGACAAAAUGCUUUGCAGCGGAAGGAUAAGGAAUUGUUAACUGCAUGUGAUAUUGUAAGAGAUAAAAUGAAGACUUUGAAAGUUCAAAUAAACGACAACAAUAAGACAUCAUGGGUGUUUACUAAAUAAAUCUUUAUUAAGAAAAAUGUUCUAGUUAUUAAAAAAAUAUACUACUUCUAUAAGAGUACAAAUGAUCCUCCAGGUUAAUCUGUCUUCCGUCUUCUGUUGUCACUCUCUUCUUGUCUUCCUUCACGCAAUAUAUCCAUCUCUUCUAGGUCUACUUCUACAGGUGACAGGACAAAGAUAAACAACCAUUUUGCAAAGGGUAUUAUUAUUUCUUUCUAUUUGGUGCAAUAUUCGUUAUUGAACUAAGACCCACUUUUCAUUGAUAAAUGUUCGGUAGUGUUAAUCUACUGUUAAUGGAUAAUACAUCAUUAUAUUUGAAAAUUGUGUUUAGGGCAUUUUUAAUUGAUUUUUAUGAGUCAUUUGACUGCAUUUAGGACUAAAGUUGGGUUUAGGUUUUUUAAAAUAUAGAUAUUAAAUAAAAGCACAGUAUCUGUCAAUGACAUUUAUUCACAUAUCUUCGUUACAUUCGUGUUUGGUGACUAGAUUGUUGUUUUGCAAACAACAAACACAUUUUUUCUGUCAAUGUACAUUUUAGGAGCCAUCCAUUAACUAAGCUAAGAAAACUUCAAGUUAAGUAAAAAAUUACUAUUUUUUUAGGUUUUGGGCAAAAAGGGUUAGUUACCUCUUAUGUCAAGCUUUAUUAUAGUCAGGUCUACAUACUUUUUAGUUUAAUUAAGACUUGUGUAUCAUGUAUAGACAUCCUUUCACAUUUUUUAAAUCUAUAGACAAUAAUAAGUUUUGUUACAUGUUGGUAAUUCUUAAUAAUGGCUAGUUUUAUGUAAGAUAUAGUAAAAUCAAGCACUUAAAAUGUAUUAUUAUGUUUCAUAACACUUAUAUCAGAUAGGAAUAGUUUAAACAGAAAAAAAAUGGCUUAGUUCAUCUCAGUCUUAUCCAACACAUUACCACUUUCAAUGCAACACAAAGCGGAAUAUCUUAUUUUAAGGAUUUUGUUCGAAAAGUUAAUAAACAGCGCAUUUACACAUUAAGUACAAUUGACAUGAUUCAAAUCAGAUCGAUAAUAUAAAUGCAUUUCACUUUAACUCCGAAUAUUAAAAAAAAAUACAUUCUUGAAAUAUAAAUCAACUUUUGAGGUUAUUUCUACCAGGGAUGUGACAUCCCCUACCAAAAAAAAA